UUUAUGUUAUAAAAUUUUUUUUUUAAUAAUUUUUUCUGAUAAUGCAAGAUUAGCAAAUGUGGCGUGUACAUCCAUCUACAUUCUCUUGUGACUCGCAAGUUUCUAUAAAAAAUGAAUAAUAAAAGAAUACAGGGUUCUAAAUUGACGUUGUUACACGCCAUAUUUAGUUAAAUUUAUAUUCUUUCUUUUUAGUAUGUUCUCAAAUUUAAUAUUCAAAAGUUAAGUGAGUUUUCUCUCUCGUACUAUUGAAAAACAUUAAAGAUUAUUUCAAAACUAAAAACUACUUUGUAUUUAAAUAAAAUUUUGGAUUCGAGUAAGUGGCGACAUCUUUCGACGAAACUUGAAAUAAAGUUUCUAGAGUCAAAAAUCACCUAAAGAUGUCGCUACUUCACUUUCUGCGCGCGACAAACGAUAUAGAUAAAGCUGCCUAUCGGUGUUGCGUCUGAUCCGGAUUGGUUGUUUCUCUUUUUCAUCUUAAGUUUGAAAUAUUGUUUUAGUUGGAUCCGCAAUCAACGUGUUCGCGACAUGAUAAAAUGGCAUUUACCAUACAAAUCAACAGUAACCAUGCUGAGAGGGACAAACGUGCGAUGAGAGAUUCAGGAUAUAAAAGAAAAUUUAAAAAAAAAAAGAAAAGAUAAACAUGUGGUCGGAGUGGAAAAACAAUCCGAGCUUAUACGCAGAGUUGAGUAGCGCAACACUGCCGAAUAUUCCGUUUGAGAUUGAUUUAAGAAAUAAGAACAUGUUUGUGAGAGAUCCAGCUAAAAAGUUUCUGGAGAAAGAUGUUCUUACUCCACAGAACUCGAAACGCUCUCAACUUCACGCCAGGAGAGUGUCCUGGUUGAGUCAUCCAGAACCUAUUUCCACAGAGAGUACCAGAUUUCAAACGGCGGAUAGGUUCAAAACCAAAGUUGGCUACAAUAUGAAGAAGAAUCUCAAGGAAACGUUGUAUAUGAACCGUGAGAGUCAAAUAAAAGCUAUAGAAAAGACCUUUGAAGACAAUAAAAAGCCAAUUGAAAGACAUUACAAUAAACCAAACGUAGUACCUGUAGAAAUAUUGCCUGUAUAUCCAGACUUUAAGUUAUGGAAAUAUUCAUGUGCGGAAGUUGUAUUUGAUUCUGCUCCUGUGCCAACUGGUCAAUCUAUACCAGCACAGAUCGAAGAAAUGUCACAAGCCAUGAUACGAGGUAUGGUGAACGAGAGCGGUGAACAGUUAGUUGCUUACUUUUUGCCGUUGGAAGAAACGUUGGAAAAGCGUCGCCGGGACUUCGCAGCAGGUAUAGAUUACGCUGACGAAGAGGAAUACGAAUACAAACUGGCAAGACAGUACAAUUGGAACGUCAAGAGCAUAGCUUUCAAAGGAUACGAGGAGAAUUAUUUCCUUGUGAUAAGACAAGACGGGGUUUACUAUAAUGAACUAGAAACGCGCGUGCGACUGAGCAAACGACGCCAGAAGGUCGGACAGCAGCCAAACAACAUGCGCUUAAUAGUGCGUCACCGACCGCUGAACGCUAAUGAAUUUAGAAUGCAGAAAUAUCGAGAAAACCAAUUGAAGCCACUGGGAGUAGACGAUGAGGACAAAGAAGAGGAAGAACAGAAAACUCAAGAGAAGAAGACAGAUGGGAAAGAUAAGUCGGUUAAAGAUUCUGAAAUAGAGAACAGCGAAGAGUCGCGUGCUUCGUCGAGAGCAUUCUCGCGAUCGUUCAGCAGAAAAUCGCGAUCUCAUUCACGCUCUCGUUUCAAAUCUGAUACGAGAUCAAGAUCGAGAUCAAAAUUAAGAUCACAUUGACGUUCACGUUCACAUUUCAAGAUCUAGAUCACCGUCUCGAUCACGCUCGCGUUUUCAGUCGCAUUCGCCGUCUAAAUCACCCAGUAAAUCACGAUCUCGAGUCGAAUCCUCAGUCAAGGAACACAUCGAGAUCUAGAUCCAAGUCAAAAUAGCACUCGAGGACAUUUGCGAAGUCAUCGUCGGGAUCUCGCGAUCCAAGUCCAGGUCGUGGUCAAGAUCGAGAUUAGGAACCGGUAGCGGUAGCGGUUCCGAAAGCGCGAGCGGCGAAAGUGAAUCGGAGAGUCAGUGAAUCGAGAAGCGUGAUCGAGAAUAAUGAAUUUAUUUCUAACAUCACCAUUUUCAUUUCGAUCGUUAUUUCGAUAAAUGUUUGUUUAUUACUAUUUGAAAAUAUUCUAGAUAUGAGAAUAAUUGCAUGCUGAGUGAAUAUAAGGUAAUAUUUUUUUAUGAUGAUUAUAUGAUGAAUAAUCCAUUACAGGAUGUACGAGUGCGCUCAGCGGCAUGAAAAAAAUAAAUUUAUAUAAGUAAUGUAGAUA